AUGCUCCAGACCGGGGGGGCGCGGCCAUGCACCCAGAUCGAGAGGGGAGGCCGUGUCGCUCCUGCCGCGGCCGGAUCCAAGGCCAAGUCUGUGGGGUCAUUCUCGGGCUCCUCGCAGGGGCCACAGCGGCGGGAGCCACAACCACGGCGGGUCCGAACCCUAGCCGCCGUAGUGGGUCACUGGCACGACCCUCGCACCUCUGACGGGCAACGGCACCAAGGAUCGCUCUACGCGGGCCUUCAUCAGCGCCAGCUUCACCACCGGGACCUGCAACCUCCUCCUCCGGCGUUCAUCUGCAUCAGGGCAGCUAAGAGGGCAUGGGCCUCGACCUCCACGGACGGUGUCCAGAUCGAGCGGAGCUUCCCUUCCUCUGCCUGGCGGGGCAAGGACAAGGACAAGCAGCAACAUCAUCGCAUCAUCAAGAGCAGCCUCAUCCUCUUCAUGCUGGCUCGACUGCCUCUGAUUCUUCCUGUUUGCUGCCUUGCCUUGCAGAUGCGGCAGCUCAAGGGCGAGGUCGACAUUUUCUCCAGGGCCGACGGGUCGGUGCUGUUCGAGAUGGGCAACACCAGGGUCAUCACCGCCGUCUACGGCCCCUAA